AUGCUGUCCGUCCUCUGCCGCUUCUCCUCAGGGCAUGGCCUGCCCUACUUCCAGGACUGGGAGGGAGAGAGCUCCCUCCUGUUUCAGCAGCAAAGGAGAAGAGAGUUGGUUGAGACAGGCCUGGCUCGGAGGCUCCAGAACGCAAACAAAAUGAAACUGGAAAUGACAUUUGAGAUGCAGCUGCAACCGGAUCUGGUCCAAGGGAAGGAGGCCACGGAUGUCAGAGAAGUGGGUUCCACGGUCCAUUCCCCUGGCGGAGGCCCUGCUAGCUUCCCUUUGGGACCCAUGUGUCAGUUCUGA